CUACAGUCCCUUCCAGGGGGAUGGACGUGCAGUAGCUUCACGUUUGUCGUCUCUUUCAGCGAAUGGAGUUGGUGUUAUACGUACUUUAGAGAGGAGUAAAGCGACUACCAGUCAGAUUUUCUUGAACUUCAACACUGGGAGAUUUCACAUUAAGCGUAAUUGUGGAGUUUAUACUAGAAAGCGAUCUUCACGCGCUCAAUGGUGUGUGCGUGAGCAAAGGCAGAUGCUGCAGUGGUGCUCUUGGGAUGUGUAAAGUCUUCAUCAGACCUGAAUGUCCGCAGCUUAGGAGCUGAACUCAGGGCAUCUGUGCAAGAUUAUAUGUCCUGGGCGAGUGUUCGCCAUGGCUCUAGUUCAAGCUCGGCCUGUGCCCACUGAAACCAGCGCUGACGUCCAGCAGUGCUACUCAGUGUCUCAUUCCCCCCCUGUGGCUGUGGCAGGAACCAUGGGUUCCGUCAGCAGCCUCAUUUCUGGACGCACCUACCAGGAGCGCCAUUGCCGAGCUGUCAGCGACUAUGGUGCUAAGUAUAGAAAACCCACACCAGCCACCAGCUGUUUCAGACAGCAAGAUGGAACGCUCCGCAGCGCCAGCUCGCAGGAGCAGCUCCUCAACAACCAGCCUCUUUUACCCACUAAAACUAAAUCGUCUGCACUCAUCUCUGCUGGCAAUGGUAACUACGGCUAUCUGAACGAUGAGUCGGUGGGUGACUGGAAUGAUAAUCACGUGUCCGCUUGCAGUCCGUGCAGCGAUACCGAAGAGCCUCCUGAUAACAGGGGCAUGAAUGGGAACAUUGGUGGUCCUCCUCCAAAGCUCGUUCCAGUUUCAGGCAGGCUGGAAAAGAGUAUGGAGAAGAUAUUGAUCCGUCCCACUGCCUUUAAGCCUGUGGUCCCCAAGAAUCGUAAUUCCGUGCAGUACCUGUCACCUCGUCCAGGGGGCAAUAUGUCUGAAAGCCAGGGCAGUCUCAACAUCUUACUUCCUGGUGCUGGAGCAGGGUUGCCUUGUGCCGAGAAGCGGAACUCUUACAGCGCUGGACGCAACGCAAGGAGUAGCCAAUCCUGUACCAUGUCAGACUCGGGACGCAAUUCGCUCUCCAGCCUGCCCACCUACAGCAGCACGGGGUACAGCCUUGCACAGAGUGAGGUACCCAAUGGGAAUAUGGAAACACGCCCCGGCGGUGGCCACGGACACUCUAAUUCAGACAGCGGCCGAUCGUCAUCAAGUAAGAGCACAGGGUCUUUAAGUGGCAGAGGCCAACCCUUGUCAGACAGUGGAUCGUGUGGAAGGUCCCCGGCUCCGGGGGAAGGAUAUGAAGGGGUCAUACGUGAACUAGAGGAGAAACUGAGGGAACGAGACUUGGAGCUACAGCAACUCAGGGACAACCUGGAUGAGAAUGAAGCAGCUAUCUGUCAGGUGUAUGAAGAGAAACAGAAGCGCUGUGAGCAGGAAAUGGAGGAUCUCCGGCAGAGUUGCGCAUUAAAGAUGAAGCAAGUGCAGUUGAAGGCCCAACGGGCGCAGCAGGUUCUUCAGCUGCAGGUGUUCCAGCUGCAGCAAGAGAAGAAGAAACUGCAGGAGGACUAUUCCCAACUGUUGCAGGAAAGAGAGUCACUGGAGAAGAAAUGUGCAUCUUUUGAGAGAGAGCAGACUCAACUGGGUCCCAGACUGGAAGAAACAAAGUGGGAGGUAUGUCAGAAGUCAGGUGAGAUCUCCUUAUUGAAGCAGCAGCUGAAGGAUGUUCAAGCAGACCUUGGUCAAAAGUCAAGUGAGAUUGUUGCUCUGAAGGCUCAGUUGAGAGACGCCCGCUCCGAGCGGCAGGCCAGCCACGCUCGCUCACAAGAGGCCAGCGCCACAGCCCGUACCCGCAUGUUAGAACUGGAGGUAUGUGAGAAUGAGCUACAGCGCCGCAAGAGUGAAGCAGAGCUCUUGCGAGAGAAGAUGGGCCGUUUGGAAGAAGAGUCUCUCCGUCUCAAAGAGGCUCUGGCGAUGCCCACUACCCAGCCUUCUAAAAGUCAAUGCAUGAGUCUACCCCUGCCCCAAAGCCGUGUGGGAAUCCUCCACGGGCUCAGCCCUGCGUUCCGGGACAACGGCAGCGAGGAGCUGCGCUUAGCGUAUGAGAGCGAUGAAGCGAAGGUGCAGCGCCAGAGCGUGGACGUGCUGCAUGGUCUCUGUCAGCAAGUGGAGCGUCUGCGAGCUGAGCUGAUGUACGAGAGGAGGCGGAGUGAGGACCAGCUGGAGGCCUUCGAGGACGAGCGCAGGGUGUGGCAGGAGGAGAAAGACAAAGUGAUCCGUUACCAGAAACAGCUGCAGCAGAACUACAUCCAGAUGUACCGGCGGAACCGUGACCUGGAGCGUGUGAUGAGGGAACUCAGUCUGGAGCUGGAGAACAGGGAUAUGGAGGAGUUUGACAUGCGGAGCAACGAGAUCCACUUUGAGGAGAUCACUGCCACUGAAAUCUAGCAGACUCAUCCCAUUCUCUACCAGCGACAUCUCAGAAUUAACCUUCACCGUGGUUGUGUGAAGAACACCAGUCAUCACAACACUUUUUUCGUGAACACUUUAAUUCCAGUUGUUGUGGCGUUCCUUGUCCAGGCCCAGAUAGAAUCGACAGACUGUUUUUGUAUUCUCUACAGUGAUUUUGGAGAAAAAUCUCAAUAAUCAUUUUCAUUUAAAAUCUUGUUUAAAGAAACAUAAAGCUCCAUACAACAAUUUCAGUCCUUUCCAACUCAAAAUUCCAUUGACCUGUUGCAUAUACAUUUUUCCACUGACUUGAGAGUUCAACUCCUGCCCAUGUCCUGAAGAAAGAGUGCGAUGGAGUGUUUUGUGAGCACAUUUUCACUUUGCUAAAACAACAAAGGUUUUUUUGGAGAAGAGGCAGCAUGACUGUGAGUCACAUCAAAUAUGCCAUUUGGGACAAGCCCUGUCAGCCGAGGCCAAUAAAGCAUGAAGCUGUAUUUUCUCAUCUCCUUAUGAUGCUCCUCACACCGCCUCAGAAACCUGUGAGUGGUUUCCAUUGAAUGUACAGUGACUGCAUACAGCAGUUUAUUAGCACAGUUGAAUGGAAGGAUGUCCUCGAUCUUUCAUAAUUAUGAUUAAUAUCUUAUGCACAUUGAGAAGCUCGCAUCAGAAGCCCAAUAAGAUCAAAGUACAGGUGAGAGGAACUUCAUAAAUCAGCUACAUGGUUAAUAGAGGUUCAAGCACAAGUUGUGAUAUCAUGUAAUGGUCUGAACACACUGCUCAACUCAAUUCAUACCAUUAUCAACCAAGAGAUCUAUUGAGCAUCUCAUAUUUGGUCACUGAAACUGCAGUUUUGUUGCAUUGGUGUUUUUGUUGUUAUGCUAAUGUUUAGAGUCCUAGCAUUGUGGCAUUUCUUUUCAGCCAUUUGCAGCACUAUGCAGUAAGAACUCUCUGUUUCAUCCCACUGACUCGCUGCUUACACUACAUUUGAUACUAAUCACUAAUGUAGAAGUGUUAUUUUUAUAAUUAGAUUGUAUAUUAGCGAACAUAACAAGCGGAUAUAGAGACAAAAUAUAUUUUUCUUUCCUAAGUAUCGCUGUGCACACUGUACAUACAGUAGUGAACUGCAUGUGUGCAUGAGACCGUAGCAUUAUGAUGCCAGACAAUCUGGUAUCAGGUUAUGACAUCACAUAGGUUACCAUUUUUCCAGCCAUAGCGGGUGGAGCAUUUCUGUUCAGUAAUAACAUAGUUUAUGAAUACAUAUAUAUGUCAUGUUAGAUUUUAAUACAGAAAUACUAAUCAAAUAUUUGUGAUCAUUUUGUUAAAAAUGGGAUAAAUAUAUAUAACACUAUCUUUACUUUUUGUUUUUUACAGAACAGAUCCUUUAAAAAAUAAAGAGGAAUUAAAAUAUAAAUAUAUAUGAUGUAUAUUUUUAUAUAUAACACCUAAUGCUAUUUUGUGGUAACACAGGUAACUGUUGGUUUAACAGAUCCGCAAACUCUCUAGGGACCAUUUGCCAUCAGCAAUUCAUGGAAAGCCCUUACAGCAGUAAGCGCUUUCAUAUUUUCAUAAAAUCUAGAGUAUUUAACUGGGGUCUGAACACCUCCAUGCCUGUCAAAACUAUAAAGCAUCAUCCCCGGUUGUCAUUUUGGCUAUUGUGAAAGCUGCCCUGAACACUGUGACAGCCACCUGUAAUGAGGAUUCAAUAAAAUGACAAAACUAUGUCAUGGAGAGAAAGCUGCAUGCAAAAUGACAUUUCAUACAUCUCAACCAAAGAUGCUUGCAUGUGUUUUACAUUCACCUUGUAUGAACACUCAGUGCUUCCCUUUUUUACAAAAAAAAAAAAAAUGUACUCUUCGCAAUCAAAGGAAAGACACUUUAUCCCUGACAGUCAAUCUGUAUGUUUGCAUUCAAGAUCAAACACUAGUUCACUAGUAUUUGUCAGAAAGGUUCGCUAUUUGUCAUUGUAUAACCUUUUGAUUAUGUACUAAAACAGUGAAAACGCGAUCCACAUUGAUGAUACAACGUUAUUGCAAUAGCUUUAUAACGACACGACCUGAGAAUCCUAAUCACGAAUGGCCAGAGAAGCACUGUGAUUGGACGGGGAGAAAAAUGUGUUGAAUCGUCCAAUGGGCAUCCUGUUCGUGUUCUCUUUCCUCUCAACAGUACUACAUCUCUUCUAUCAGUCAAUCACACCUUUGAUUAAAUACACAUGGGAAUAUUUCUCAUAUUGACAUAUUCAAUAUAUUUGUUUUACACGUGCAGAGAUAUCUAUUUUGAAGGUGUAAUCACUGUGAAUAGACCAAAGCAAAUUAACUUUUAACCUUCCCCUCAUAUAUGUGCUUGUGUGUUUUGUCAAUCUAUAAUGUUUGUAGUCAUGUAUAUUUUCAUGCUGUAUAUUUCUUGUAAAAAUGUGUUUUUAAUUAAAGCAAGUCACCUCA